CGCCGCCAUCUUUGCUCCCGGUGCCCCGGCCCGGCUCCAGCAUGUCCGAGACCUACGAUUUCCUCUUCAAGUUCCUGGUGAUCGGCAGCGCCGGCACCGGCAAGUCCUGCCUGCUGCACCACUUCAUCGAGAGCAAGUUCAAGCAGGAUUCCAACCACACCAUCGGGGUGGAGUUCGGCUCCAAGGUCGUCAACGUGGGCGGGAAAACGGUGAAACUUCAGAUCUGGGACACGGCCGGCCAGGAGCGCUUCAGGUCGGUGACCCGCAGUUACUACCGGGGGGCCGCGGGGGCGCUGCUCGUCUAUGACAUCACCAGCCGGGAGACGUACAACGCGCUGGCGCAGUGGCUGACGGACGCCCGGACCCUGGCCAGCCCCAACAUCGUCAUCAUCCUCUGCGGCAACAAGAAGGACCUGGAGGGCGAGCGGGAGGUGACGUUCCUGGAGGCCUCGCGCUUCGCCCAGGAGAACGAGCUGAUGUUCCUGGAGACGAGCGCGCUGACGGGCGAGAACGUGGAGGAGGCGUUCCUCAAGUGCGCCCGCACCAUCCUCAACAAGAUCGAAUCCGGGGAGCUGGAUCCCGAGCGGAUGGGAUCGGGGAUCCAGUACGGGGACGCGUCGCUCCGGCAGCUCCGGCAGCCCCGGGGGGCUCCGGCCCCGAGCCGGCAGAGCUGCGGCUGCUGAGACCCCCCCAAAAUAUUCCCAAAAAACAGGACCAGGUGCCUCCGCUGGAUCUCGGGGACCCCCCCAGGAAUUUUUGGGGGGGGUCUCUCCUCCCCCGCCGCCCCCAAAAACCCAAAUUCGGGGUCCAAAUCCGCUGCUUUUGGGCAAAAGAAUUCCCAAGAAUCCCUUGGAUUCCGGAGGGGGAUCCCCUCCCCCCCCAGUGCGGUUUUUGGGGGUUUCCCCCAAAUUUCCCAGGUUUAUUUUUGCCUUUUUUUGCCAUUUUUUGGUGGUUUUGGCGUUUAUCGAAGCGGGAUUUUUUUCCUGGGGGGUCCCCCCCGUUUUUUGGGAGGGGUCCCCCAAUGUUUUCGGGGGGGGUGGGGGUCGCCCCCUCUCCCAAAUUUUU